AUGGCUACUCCUACUGUACUCGCUUUCGAUGCUGAGGGCCGUCCAGUGAAGUUCGAAACCUGGCUCGAUGACCUCCACCUCUUCCUACAGCUCACUGCUAAGGAGGACAUUUCACUGUACGAUCACGCCCUAGGCCAUGCUACUGCCCCUCCUACCACUGCUGACAGCACUCAGCGCUCACAGUGGCAGACUCGUGACGCCCACGCUCGCUUUGCUAUUCGUAACUCCCUACCGAUCGACGAGCGCGAGCACUUUGGCCAGCACAAGACUGCUAAGGAACUGUACACUGCUGUAGAUGCUCGUUACUCCUCACCCGCUUCUGCCACACUAGGCCACCUUACUCUCCCCUACCUGUUCCCCGACCUGGCCUCCUUUAGCACAGUUGCUGACCUCAUCACCCACCUUAAGACUAGUGAGGCCCGCUUUCGCGCUGCUAUGCCUGACGAGUUCCUUACUAGCAACCCCCCCCCGCUCUGGAUCACUCUCUACCACAUCGUCACCCGCCUCCCCGACUCCCUGCGCACAGUCAGGGACCACUUCCUCGCUCGCUCCCCCACUGAGCUCACCAUUGCCCUCCUCGAGAAGGAACUGCUUGCAGCUGAGGCGAGUAUCGUCGCUGUAGGCACCUCUCGUGGCGACCCCCGCACCCCGUUCUUUGAGGGGUGUUCCCCUUCCCCCCUUCUCCCCUCUGUCGCCUCUGCUGCUGCUGUCGACCUCCUUGGUGCUGAGAAGGUCGGGACCGCGUCUGCUCCGAGCGGGCGCCGCAGGAGCAAGGGGGGCAAGGGUGGAGGUGGUGGCGGGGGAGGCGUGGGUGGUGGCGGUGGGGGUGGAGGUGGGACUGGAGAGGCUAGUGGCGGUAGUGGGGGUGGUGACAGCAGCGGCGGGAGCGGUGGCAGGGGCGGAGGCGGCAGCGGAGGCGGAGGUGGUCGUGGCGGCGGCAGGGGUGGAGGUGGCCGAGGCGGUGGCGGCGGCGGUGGUGGUCGUGGAGGCGCUGGCGGUGGCCAGAGCCAGCAGCACGCCCCGUCGCUUCAGGAGGCACGUGAGUGGUAUUCGCAGCGGGGGGGGGCGGGUGGCUUUACCUGCACGUACGUCAUCCGCACUGGUGACCGCACUGGCCAGACGUGUGGGAGGCCGCACCCCACGCAGCGCUGCUUCUCGCGCCUUACCGACGCAUGGCGCGCCCAGUUUCCUGCUGGCGCUGAGCUGCCCCGCUGGGCUGAUCUGGAGAGGCAGGGAGUUGAUAUCUGGGCUCUAGACUUUGAUGCUAUUCUCACUGCCAUGUAUGCGAUGUUUACUAGUGGAGAGGGUGCUCAGUACUUGCGUGUUCCGCCCGACCCGGGCAUUCUGACCAGUCCGGCUGCCGCUCUAGGUGCUAGUGAGUCUGCUGCCCCAGGUCCUGGUGAGGCUGCUGCUCUAGCCACUCGCUCGGCCAGUUGCUGUCUCCCUCGCUGA